UAUUAUCGUGGUACGCACGGAGUGGUAGUGGUGUACGACGUUACAAAUGGCGAAUCGUUUAGCAAUGUGAAACGAUGGCUUCAUGAAAUAGAUGCGAAUUGUGAAAGUGUACAGAAAAUUCUUGUAGGAAACAAGAAUGAGGAUCCUGCACGAAGAAUCGUGUUAGAGAGCGAUGCCAGGCAGUUCGCUGACACCAUGCAUAUAAAAUUCUUUGAAACGUCUGCCAAGGAAAACACUAAUGUUGAAGAGGUUUGUGUGAUUAUCAUACUGAUACUCCUCCAAGGAAAAGAUGGCCGUGGUGAAGUGAAAUUGACACUGAACGACAGACAACGAGAAAAGAAGAAGUGCAAGUGUGGA